AUGAGGCCCGCAACUCUUCAAAAGCAAGGAAUAUUUGCAGGCAGUUUUUGGCGUUCUCUCAGACUUCACACUACUAGUGUGGAAAGCAUGAAAAACAGUCAGAAAGCUGCUCAAUCUCGCAGAGUCUCAUACACGGAUGAGGUCAAACAGCAGCUGUCUAAGUUAAAUGCUUGCUUCUUCUUCAGAAAGGGCGAGAUCAAAAUUUUGGACACUCCAAGUUGUUUCUAUAACACCCUGAAACAGAAGAUAUCAGUUGCAAAGGAUAGGAUAUUUUUGGCCUCCCUUUACAUUGGGACCUCUGAAAGAGAACUUAUUAAGUGCAUUUCCGAUGCCCUUGACCGCAACGCCAGUUUGAAAGUCUAUUUUUUGGUAGAUGGAUUGCGAGGUACUAGGGAGGCUCCAAAGAGCUGCUCUGCCUCUUUGUUGUCAGAAUUGCUUAGAAGCCAUAAGGAUCGGGUCGACAUACGCUUGUACCGGACACCUGACUUGACGCCGUUUAAGGAAGCGGUGAUACCUCGGAGAUUUAAUGAAGGAAUUGGGCUCCAGCACAUGAAGAUCUACGGAGUCGAUGACGAGGUUAUCCUUUCCGGUGCCAACUUAUCCAACGACUAUUUUUCAAAUCGACAGGAUCGAUAUUAUUUGUUCAAAUCACGCAAGCUCGCUAGUUACUAUUUCAAACUACACCAGCUAGUGAGCAGCAUGAGUUACCAGGUACAUUAUUCUGAAGCUGUCCAAAAAUACAAAAUGAUCUGGCCGCACGACAAUAUCGCCGUCGACCCUCGAGCCGACAAGGCAAGUUUUCUUAAAGUUUGCUCAAGCACCCUGAAAACGUUCUUGACAGAUCCAGUGGACGAAACUGCUGAUUAUGAAGCCUUUGAGCCUAAAACUUAUAGCACCAGAGUGUACCCAAUUUCUCAAUUUACCCCUCUAUUUAGAGCUAGCCCACAGGAUUACUCUACCGAAAAGCCCACGAUACUUCAGAUUCUGUCACACAUCCCUGACGGCUCAGUUAAGUGGACGUUUACUGCUGGUUACUUUAAUAUGCUUCCUGAAAUCAAAAGCCUCCUUUUAGGGGCACCUUGCAAAGAAGGCAACGUAAUAACAGCUUCUCCGUUUGCGAAUGGCUUCUAUCAAUCUAAGGGUGUUUCAAAGUUCCUUCCGAGCGCCUAUCUACACCUUUCCGAAAAGUUUUUAUCUGAAGUGCGAAAUCGUGGAAAAGAGUCCCAGAUUAGCCUGAACGAGUGGAAGAAAGGAAUCGUCAAUACACCUGGUGGAUGGUCAUACCAUGCCAAAGGUAUUUGGCUCUCAGAUAAUAAUGAGAAAGAUCAAAGACCUGCGAUCACUAUAGUCGGUUCUUCUAAUUACACAAGGAGGGCAUAUUCUGUAGAUUUGGAAUCGAAUGUUGUGUUAGUUACUGAGGAUUCUGAUCUCAAAGACGAGAUGCAAGCUGAAAUUGAUCGCCUAAUGUUUCACACAGAGCCGGUGACCAUAGAGAACUUCAAAAAUGAGCCUCAAAGACAUGUGAGUUUGGGCAUCCAGGCCGCAACUAGAAUCAUAGGGAAAAAGCUUUAG